AUCGCGUCACAAUGGGAUGGAGAUACUCGUGAACGAUCAGUUGUGUGUCAAAUGGGAAAUAGACAAACACCCACCUGAUGAUGUAGCAAGCGUUACCUGCGAUCCGCCACUGCUGGGAAACAUAGUCAAGAUACAGAUACCAAGAAACGGGACCUUCGUUACGUUGUGUGAGGUACAGAUAUUCGUGUGCGCUGAUGGAUGGUUUGGUGACGAUUGUGACAAACAGUGUCAAUGCUUCAACAACACGGAAAUAUGUGACAAGAUUACUGGACAGUGUCCUAGCGGAUGUGCUCCGGGAUUCAUUGGGGCAGAUUGUCAAACAGCAUGUGCUGGCGGUUAUUACGGUAUCAACUGUACAUCCGAAUGUGGAAACUGUUUGAAUGAUCUGGACAUCUGUGACAAGGAAACAGGAGCGUGUCCAAGCGGAUGUUCAGCAGGAUGGACAAGCGUCACAUGCACACAGCCAUGCGCCGAUGGCUUCUAUGGUAUCAACUGUACCAACGAGUGUGGAAGGUGUCUGGAAGACUGUAACAAGACAUCUGGGGCUUGUCUGGGAGGGUGUCAACCUGGAUGGUUGAACGGCACAUGUCAACAACGUUAG